ACUCAACUUCUGUCACUUACGAUGAAUCAUACGAAUCAUGCGAAUCAUACCACCGGGUGUUUCACUUACUCACAGGCAAUGCUUCUAACUCCAGUCUUCCAUCCUUGAUAUCGAUUUUCAAUGAUGUCGAGCGUUGUUUCCAGAUUGCCUUUUCGAGUACAGUACUCCGUUCUUCCACCACGGACCUGUCUCACCCCGCUACACCAAUUCAGUGACCAACGUCGACUGCGCACAGCCUUACAUGCACACGCUUGAAGGGGAACAAUGACCAAAGGCUGCUAUACUUGUCGCCGUCGCCGGAUUGUGUGCGACAAUGGGUUGCCCACCUGUCGCAAGUGUCGCGAUGCGGGGAAGGAAUGUCUGGGCUAUCAGAAGCCCCUCGUCUGGGUAAAGGGCGGCGUUGCCAGUCGGGGUAAAAUGAUGGGUCGCAGUUACGACGAUGUUGUGAAGAGUGCUUCGAGUGCAAGACAGGGCAAUGACUCCAGCUCUUCUUCACCAGCUUCGACAGCGUCACCGGACACAAUCGGCCCUGCACUUCCGCGCGACACCAUUAGCUUUGAGCUGCCGCACGAAUCCAACGACCUAGCAAUGACCGGCGCUGAAGAUUACGAUCAGAGCCUCGUAAUUCAACGCAGCCCUCAGCUUCUUGACUCGGUCCCUGCGCCCUGGGGUCUGGUGGAUCCUUUGUUCAAGGAUUUGGACAGCUUUUCCAGACAGUACAUCAUCCACUUCAACCAGUAUCUUGCCAAUUAUCUUACACUGUAUUCGAACGGCCAGAACCCGUUCCGCGACUUGACUCCCUUAGUUGGCGACUCCUCCCUACUCGCCCACGUGCUUUCAGCCCUGGGUGCUUUACACUACGCCAUUCUAGCCAAUGAAGAUUUUUCUCCGGGACCCUGGAGCGUGGAAAAUGCAGCCGCAGGAACAUUACUCUCAUCGGAGGACGUAGAGAAGGCCGUGAUCGGAUCCCUGUCGCGCCGACCGGCCUCGAAAGUAUACGAACAUUUCCUCGGGUUCAAACAGCGUGCACUGCAGCGAUUGUCGCAAGACAUCCAGGAUCCCGUCAUGCGCCAUGACAACCGAACGCUGGCCGCGAUCAUGUUACUUGCACUAAUGGAUGCGAUUGAAUCCGGCGACGGAGCCUGGAAGUACCAUCUGGAAGGGGCUAAGAAACUCCUGAAAGGUCGCCAAGAAGGGAUUCACCCAGAUGGCCCAGCAACCCAGAGGCUCUUCUCCUGGUUAGAUGACUUUGCGAUAGAUGGCAUCCUCAUUAUCCAACUCAUGGGCUCAACGCUCGCCCGCCCCGGCUCCCUCACGCGACCCUUCUACACCUCGAACAUGGGCCCGGCGGUCCUCAAGCGACUCGAAGAGACCUCCUGGGUCGGCUGCCCCGGCUACCUCCUUGAAGUGAUCUUUCUCAUCCACGCGGGUCUCUACAUGGAACACGAUGACUCCCAGGGACCUCACGACAACAAUCAACCCUCCUCCCCACCCCAUCUCCCCCAAAUGGUCUUCACCUCCCCCCACCUCUCCGCCCAUGCCAACCCGCUUCAAUCUCCCGCCGCCCUUCUCGCCCACAUCCAAGCCUUCGACCCCGCCGCCUGGGCGGAAUCCAUGCAAAGCUUCCUCCACCUCCCGGACCUCUCCAUGCGCACCGCCCUCGCCACCGUCUACCAAGCCGCCGUCUACCUCUACGCCAGCCGCGCCCUCUCCCGCCCGCGCCUGGCGGCGAAUCCAUCAAGUCCGCCCCGCCACUUCGGCCUCCCCGCUGACCACGGGGCCGUCACCGACCUCCUCAUCCGCCAGAUCGCCCUCAUCCCCGUCGCCGACCCGCACUUCAAGUGCCUGAUCUGGCCCACCUUCAUCGCCGGCGCCGAGUGCGCCGACCCCGCCCUCCGCCCGUUCCUGCUCGACAAGCUCCGCGCCCUGUACUACGAUAUCACGAGCGUCAACGUGCGCAACGCCGCCUGGGUGCUGAGUCUGAUGUGGCGCAAGCGCGAUCAGAGGGUCGAGGAGCGGCGCCAGCGGAAGAAUCUGCGGCGGCGGCAGCAGCGCCAGCAGCAGGCCGACUCCUUUUCGGCCAAUUUCUGGGCAUCUGAGGCGAAUGCGCCGGAUCCGACGAAUCCUUUCACUACUAAUCCUAAUACCGGUACUAAUGAUCACGAUAAUGUUUAUAAUGACGAAGAAGAUGUUGAUGACGACGAAGACGACGACGACGAUGAUGGCGAUUUCGAUUGGAUCCAGGAGCUGGAUGCUUCCCGGAUUGACUGGUUGUUCAUCUAAGCUCUGGCUCUGGCUCUUGCUCGUGCUCUUGGUAUGGGCGGUUCAGUAACCUCAGAGUAUUUUACUGUACUGCAUGUAUCGGAUGGGUGGUGUUUCGGGGCAAAAAAGGGAACGCUGAUCGGCUUGGGUCUCGAGAGGAAAUCCACCUACCUACCUACCUACCUACCUACCUACCUACCGGUGGAUAUACCUGACAGUCUACUCACCAGCUGUUCAUAACUAUCCUUUAGUCUGGAAUCGACAAGGAAGGGGAGCAUAUUUGACACAAGCCUUGUACAUACGAUAGCGGCGUCUCGGAUGCAUAAAUUAUU